UAUUCGCAAUUGAUACGCACCUCUACGCCGCCUUCAGCCUUCUCCCUCUCCGCGUGUGGUCGCCGCCGGCGCCUGUCCCCUAGCUCCCUAGGGCCUGGAAGUGUCGCCUCGCCGCCGCGCUUCCACGGAAAGAUGUCUGAGCAUCUCUUCGAGGACACCUUCAUCGUUUCCAGGCUAGAUCCUGAUGGCAAAAAGUUUGACAAAGUUUCUCGUGUUGAAGCUCGCAGCGAGCAGUUAGGUAUGUAUAUGCAGCUGGAUGUUGCUACGGAUGUGUAUCCUCUGCGUGCUGGUGAGAAAUUUAACAUGGUUUUAGCGCCUACUCUGAAUUUGGAUGGCACUCCAGAUACUGGCUACUACACACAGGCUGGUAGAAAAACUCUGGCAGAUAAUUAUGAAUAUGUCAUGCAAGGGAAGCUUUACAAAAUCUCAGAGGACACCUCCAGCCAAAAUGCUAAAGUGGAGAUUUAUGCAUCAUUCGGUGGUCUUCUGAUGCUGCUCAGGGGUGACCCUUCCACUGCUGCUAGCUUUGAGCUGGAUCAGAGGCUUUUUCUACUCAUGCGCAAGGUUUAAAACUACCGCGGAAUGUGCUACCUACCCUGAUAACCUAAUGCUAGUUGUUCACAUUGAGGCUAUUGGUGUUUGGCCUUGUUAAUACCUUACUUUCCAUCUACGUUACACGAGUACGGGUACGAGUAUCGGAUACAAUACGUAUCGGAUACGCGAAUACAUACUUUCUAAAAAUAAAACCUACUAAAAUGGUGUAUCCGAGUAUCCGUAUCCGCGUAUCUGACGAGUAUCGGAUACGGAUACGUCACCCCCUUGGAGUAUCCGUGUAACAUAGCUUUCCAUCCAUGGUGCUUGACCUUACACCCUUGCUUCCCCGUGGGUGAAGCUUGUUAUCUGGUAAUGAGUACUGUCUCCUUCAACAUGGAUUCAUGUUGUUUACUGUCA